UAUGAUUUGUUUUCCAGUGCACAUAUCCGUUGGUACAAAGAUGGUUCUCUAAUCGAGGACACGUCGAGCCACUUCUCAGUGAGCACGCGCGGAGCUCGCUCCAACCUCACAGUCACGCCCGCCACUGACGACGACUUCGGAACUUUCACUUGCGAGGCCGACAACGACUUGGGCAAGCACAACAAGUCCAUCGAGCUGGUGCAGGAGCCGGUGGUUGAGGGCCUGGACGUGGACGGGCCGAAGCUCUCGUGGACCAUUCACUCGCACCAGCCGCUCGAACAGAUUGAACUGCAGCUGCGCCAGAUGACUGACGAGGGGGAGUGGAAGACGAUCGACGUGCCGCUGCCCGACAUCCGGACUCACGAGUACGAGAUGGUGUACCCGCUGUCGGCGGAGCUGGCGCAGGAGCUGGCGCCGGGGAAGUACGAGGCCACUGUCAAAGUGAAGAACGAGAAGAGCUGGAGCCAGCACACGCCGCCGGCUUUCGUUGAUAUCGGUAAGUUAUAAGGCAAAACAUAAAAUACUA